GGCGCAAUAGUAGGAAGUGAUUUAGGGGUUUAGGUUAUUAGGGACUUAGGGUUAGGCGUUCGUUAUUUCUCCCGUUUGAACUUUGUUAGGGUUUUAAAAGAAUAGUUUGUUGCCCCCGUUGAAUUUGGCGGCUAGGGUUUUUGACCCAUUGCUUCCGUCUACCAUUUAUUUCCAUCCUCCUGGUUUGUAUAGGUUUUCCAUUUGGACAGGUAUAUAUAUGUACAAAGUUCCAAUCUUUGAUCAGUCUCACAUAGGUUCUUGUAGGACUGCUCUUCUCUUGAUCCUCUCAAAUUAAUCUCCUUUUAGGCCAAAACAUUCAUCUGGGUAAUCGUCAUUUUGUCUUAAUCCUUGAUCAUUACUUCUCUCAAGUAAGUUCAAAUUCCCUAGAUGUUUUUUGUCUUUCUUUUAACCCAAAAAUCUUUCUGGGUAUAAUUAUCGAUUUCAAUCUGAAUUUGUUUAUUGAUUUAAUACAGGAAGAGUAUAAGAAUAGAAAAGUUUUUUUUUUUUUUUUUAAUAUCUGGGUUUAGGGAAUCGCAAUCUGUUUGUUCUUUGAUCAUUGACUAAUUGAGGUUCAUUGAUUUUUAGAUUGCGUUAUACAUUGAUCUGGAUUAAUCUAUUGAUUUCAUUAUCUCGAUAUUGAGUGCCUCCAUUGAUUAGUGCAAUCAAUCCUUGAAACUUGCCAAAAUGAGUUACUCCGACUCUCGAUCUCCUUUUAUGUCAACACAGCUCUCGUAUCAAUCCGGCAGUGAUGCCAUUGGCAUCUGGCCUCAAUUCUCUUUAAACAACGCUGAGCAAUUUGACUCGCUUUCACAAUUUGAACAACUUCAACCCCCUUACAAAAGACCAAGAAACUGUGAGGACAGCAGCAGCCUAUCUGUGAAUUCUAAGAUGCCCCUGCCAAACAACCUCCCAGUCAAUAAGGGGACAACAAACAUUUUUUUUAAGACCAGAAUGUGUGCAAAAUUUAGGACUGGUAAUUGUAAGAAUGGUGAAAAUUGCAAUUUUGCUCAUGGUAUGCAAGAUUUGAGACAGCCCCCACCCAAUUGGCAAGAGCUUGUAGGUGUGGGUGCACGUGGUGAAGAGGAUAGAUCAGCAGGGAACUGGGAUGAUGAUCAGAGAAUAAUUCACAAAAUGAAACUAUGCAAGAAGUUUUAUAAUGGAGAGGAGUGUCCUUAUGGGGAUAGGUGUAAUUUUCUUCAUGAGGAUCCAUCAAAAUUUAGGGAUGAUGUAGGGAGGUUUAGGGAGAGUUCUGCAAUAAGUAUUGGGACUACUGGGCAGCCAAUGGUACCAGGAACUGGUGGGUUGAAUGCUACUGAAGUCAACAAGCCUGUCAAUAACACUGGUUCAGAUGCUUAUCGAGCGAAUAUGAAACCUGUGUAUUGGAAGACAAAGCUGUGCACCAAAUGGGAAACUACAGGUCAAUGCCCCUUUGGUGAGAAAUGUCACUUUGCUCAUGGACAAGCAGAGUUACAAGUUCCUGGUGGACGUGCCGAAGGAGAACCAGGGAAUGCAGGUUCCAUUUUGGCCAAACCACCACCAAUUCUUGCUAAUAAUGUAUCUCCGAUGAUGACUGCAAGUGUGCCUAAUGUCAUUGAAGAAGGGCAGAGUAAGAAAUGCUUGUUUAAGUGGAAAGGACCCAAGAAAAUAAAUCGUAUCUAUGGCGACUGGCUCGAUGAUCUUCCAUUGGUACAGAACUUGCCAAACCAAGUUGAGAGUUGAGCAGAAGUUGAAAUUGUUGCAUUUGUAAUUAUUUUUUGUGAGUUGCAUCAAGAAAAUUUUGAAGACGUCUGCUUCCAUAUCUGAAAAUUUUGGUCUCUAGGGUGUUUUGCAAAGGUCCCCUGGAUGAAGAGAUUGGAUUUUUGCCCUGCUUUUCGAAAUACUAGUAGUUUCUGGAUUGCUGCUUCGUUUCAUAUUGUCUUCAAAUAGGUUUCAUUCCCUUGUUCUCGUUGUUCCUACUUUCUAAUGAUGAAACUGGAAGUAUAUGUUUGCAAAUUGUAGCUAGUAAUUAUUUCUUGAUUGGAACAGAAAUUAAUAAAUUCUUUUGAAGCAAAUGUGAAUGAAACA